AUGGUGGCGCAAUUGUCCUCUGCGCUGCCAGGAUUGUCUCUGGCUGAACUUACUGAGCUGCCUCGUUUGGCAGCGCGUGGACAGCUCCUGGACGAUGAGUUCUUCAUGCAAGUGGCAGAACGAUUGGGUGAGGCGAUGCCCAAAUUUCGAGCCCGUGAGCUGUAUGUGGCCCUUCGAAAUCUCCUCUCCUGGCGCGUGGGAGCACCUGGCCUUGACAGGAGCAGCUUGGCAGCUUUCGAGGCAUACGCCAAGUGGGAUGAGCAGACGCCUGACACAGCGCUGCGGGUGCUGAGAGCACUGGGCCGGAUUGAUGCGUCUACUCUGGACCGCCCUCCUGACUCUACGGAGCGCGAAGAGGAGAUUGCACUGAGAAGUGCAUUACGAGGGAGCUUAAAGGCUUUGAACAGCGGGGAGGUCGCUAAAACUUUCACCAGCCGCGAUAUACUUCUUGCUCUGAACGCGCUUGGACAGAUUGCCAGAGGAUGGAAUUGGUUAGGCACAUCUGAAAGUCUGGAUGAAGCCAUCUUUCGGUGCACCGAAACGAUGCUUUGUGACCUUGCCCAUCUGCAGCUGGACCUUCUGGACGCCCAACGUUUCGCUGGCAGCGACCGCGAUCGCUUCACCACCCGCGAUUUGGCCUUGAUGCUGCUGGCGCUGGAUCUACCUGGGUUCACUAUGUUCGCUGAAGUGCUGUGCCAGCGCCUACAACUUGCCGCAGAACACUGGGAGUCAGUGGAGAAGCUGAACGAUGAGGAUUUGAAGCGAUUGACAGCGGAAGCGACCGCAUCCUUGUCGGCAGCCUCUUUGAUGCUAAUGCAUUGUGCCAAAGAUGCAGAAAUGCAUCGCAGGAAACAUCCAACAGAGGAGAAUGAGACCAUUCAUUCUCCGUCAGUACCGCUGGCUGUCAUCAUGGCAUGGACUAAAACUGCCUCGAAUUUGGGGAUAGAUGUGGGCCAAGAUUCGUUCAAGGCCCUAGCUGCAACAACAACAAUGGUUAUGCAGCAACUGACUGAACGUCCAACUAUUGACAGCGCAGAGUUGAAAGAGUCGAAAGACACACUUCAAUCGCUGCUGGAGUUUGCAACUAGAGCCGCGGAGGGAAACUUCCAAGUAGACAUGUCUCAGAUGGACAACUGGCACUUGGACAGCUGUUUACACGCCCUCGCAGUCCUUGACACUUUGAACCAGAUGAUUGAGAUUCCUGAAUCCGUGAAGGACGGGUCUCGGGUGAUGUACAUAGAGACAGCUGUCUUGGUGGAAGCGACUAGUGACACCAGACUGCCAAAGCUGCAGGAGAACAACGUAGCGUUUUGGCUCCGCUUGUUGAAUCCACGGCUGUCGCAUCAGGUUGCCACCAAGCUGGCCUUUCAGUUGCACGAGUCUCGUCGCUGUCAGUCGAAUCAGUCUGGUCGCAAGAAGAUUCCUCCGGCAGUGAGAGCUGCCCUGAGAGACUUCUUGUUUUUUGUGGAGAACGUGCAGAAACAAGGCGCUCAAGGAGAAUAUGGUACCUGA